GCUGAACGGCGUUUUUCACUUGAAAAUCUGCACUGAUUUUUAGUAGUAAUUUAGUAAGCGCCGCGUACAUUACACAUUGCACGUCAUACGGUAAAUCUUGAAACAUAUUUGAAAACUAUUUGGAAAUCAAUGCUUGUUUCAAUGCUCGCAAAAUAGUGUCUUCUAGUCAAGAAAACGAUAUUUUCCAAUUCAAAAACAAUGUGUGAAUAUAUAAAAUUCGAAGUGAAAAAUGAGAAAAAUCCCAAUAAUUUUGUGAAAUCGAAUAAUAAUUUAAAAAAUGAUUUACAUUUUGAAAAACAUGACAAUCGUCGCGCUGAACGCGUACAUUUUCCAAAUAAUCUACAUACCGUUAUUGUGCCAACACAUCACACCAAUGCACAUAAUAAAGCUGCUGCUAGGAAAAAUGCUACAGCGCCAGUGAAAGAAGAAGAAAAUCGCCUAAAGAGUGAACCAAAAAAUAUUUCAAAACUAGUUACCGUUAAUGAUACAAAAAAUGAUUUCGUUAUACAUAUUAAAAAUGACACACACAAACAUAAAAGAAAACCGGAAGAUGAAAUAAAGCACAAAAGAAAAACUGACACAAAACAUACAACACAAACACAUGCAACACUUUCUAGUGCCGAAUCGAAAACUUCACUCAGAAGUGAUCACCGGAUUUUAAUUAAAUCCGAUUCGAAAUCGACUUUACGUAGUGGUGAAUCUAAGGGUGAUUUAAAAUCACUAUCCGGCACUUUGCCACGUCAUGAAGCGUACGGUACAGUGAAAGGUAACAGUUUGAACAGAUCACUGCAUAAAGUGGACUCUAAGGCAACACUGAAAAGUGAAACAGUGUCAACAACAGACAUUUCCAUUGCCGGCAGCAGUGGGCAUACGAAGAAAAGUUUGGAGUCGAUGACUGAUGAGGAGAUCAUAGAGGAGAACUUGAAGGAGUUACUCGAGAAUAAGAAUCGAGAAGAACGUAAAGCAAAUGGACGUCUUAUAGCAGUAAUCGUGGCAUUUAUAGUUAUAUUCGUUGCGCUCUACAAUAUAUGGCUCAAGAAAGCUAAUGGACUUGCGGGUAUUCUCGUGCCGGCGAUAAUUAUGGUAUCCUAUGGUGGUUGGGUGGUGUUGCUGGCGAAGCGUGAUAAACAACGACAAGUUUUAUAUGACAAACACGUUGAAGAAGUAAUGGAACGCAACAAAAUCGAAUUAGCUGAAAAAGCAAGAUUACUCCGAAAGAAAAAGAUUGAAGAGGCCAAACGUAAAGAAGAGAAAGAGAAAGCGAACAAACUACAACGUUUAGGUCAUCGUCCCAGCUUCCGUGAAAAACUAUUCGGUCCGCGAACGCCCAUCAUGCAACCAUCAACGAAUUUAUUAACAAUUGCUGUGACGGCAGCGGCGCCAUCACAAAUUGUUGUUGAAUCGAAGAAGAAACGUUUGGAGCGUAUGAAUGCCUUGGUGCCGCCACCAGCGCCGGUGCGUACCGGUUCAGCGCCGUAGUGGCUGUGGAACGUGCCAAAACCCAAGCAUACUUUCAUACAUAUGUACAUCAGUUAGACUUAGUUAUUUCAUUACACACACACACAUAUGCACACAUUUAGAUAUUUAAGAAAAUUUACAUAAACAGGAAACACGCUGAAUUCGCUCUGUUGUGGCAGGAAAUGAUUAUCAUUCGCUUGUGGAGAAAAUUGUGUGUUUAUAGACUAAUUGUAUAUGUAUCCUUGUCAUAAAUUCACUCAUAAUUAUGCGAUAAACUGUUGUACCACAUUUGUAUAUACAUAAGUACUCAGAUUUCUUAUAAUUCUAUUAAUACUCACUCUUUUUAGAAAGUCCGUCCUUUUUUUCAUGUAUUCCUUUGAUGUGAAUUCAAUAAUUAAAUUUCAAAAACAUAUUUUCUAGAAUUUAUUCACGUAUCUCAUGAUAUUUUUCUACACUUCGUUCGCUUACAUACAUAUAUAUUUGACUUUUUCGAUU